UUGUUAAUUAAAUAGAGCCACGCCUACUGUGCACGUGUAAGUAAAAUGGCGGCUAACAAAGAAGCAUCUCUUUCAAAGUUGUUCACUCAGUUACAGCUCGCUGGGGAAGACGGGGACUAUGAAUACGGCCUGGAAGUCAUCGACGAGAUACUUAAACUGUCUCCUCGUGAUCCCGACGCCCUAGCUUGUAAGAUCGUCUGCUUAAUACAAGAAUCUGAAUUUAGCGAGUCAUUGUCACUCAUAGAAGAGAUUGGAAGUGGCAAGUCUUUCUUGUACGAGAAAGCUUACUGCCUGUACAAAAUGGAGCAAUACGAGAAGAGUCUACAAUGUCUACAGUCUCUACCCCAAGAGGAAAGAAAGUCCCUGCGUGUGCUUGAUUUGGAGUCUCAGGUUUAUUAUCGUUUGGGUAACUACACGAAAUCGGCUCAAGGUUUUCAAGAGGGUCUCUCGAUAGACGAUGGUAACGAGCGUAGUGCUAAUAUGGUUGCUAGUUUGAGCUAUCUCGAUAAUUCCACUGUUAAUAAAGUCCUCUCCGCUUCUCCUGUAUCGCCUGUCACUGUAGAACAAUGUUUUAAUUUAGCUACGGUUUAUCUUAACGUUACGAAAGAUUACAAAAAUGCCGAACAGCUCCUCAGAAAGGCAGAGAAGCUUUGUGAAGAGUCAGACAGCAUGGAAGAGGAGGAGAUAGAGAGGGAUUUGUUGCCGAUACGCAUCCAGUUGGGGUAUGCGUUACAAUGUAUGGGAUCCAAUGAAGAAGCCUUGAGUAUAUACGCUAAUGUUUUGAAGUCAAAGCCCACUCCUGUCCACCAGUUGACAGCUGCUAACAACGUCAUAGUUAUUAAUGGAGAUAAAGAUAUAUUUGAUAGCAAGAAGAAGAUAAAAGUGCUAACAAAUGAAGCGGCUGUGAAGAAGCUAAUGUCACGCCAACUUGAAAUCGUUUUAUUCAAUCGUUGCCUUUUCGCCUUGCGUUUGAACCAGUUGGAGCAAUCACGCCAAAUCCUCCAAGAAAUGAAGACGAGUGUUGCUACACGUGGAUCAGAAUUAUGCAUCAUAGCUGAGUCAGCUUUACUGUAUCGGGACCGUAAACCACAAGAAGCCAUCAGCAUAUUGGAGAGGUAUAGCCCAGUGUGUAGCAGCACUGAGCCUCUAGUGUAUCUCACACUAGCUCAAUUGUAUUGGAGUAUUGGCAAUAGCAGUAAAGCCAUUAAUGUCCUAGAGGGUAUACCUAAUGUAGGACAAUAUUUAGGUAUUAUAUCGAUAAUAGUUUUAGUACUGAAGAGCGAAGGGAAGAUAGAGGAAUGCCUCUCACUGUUGGAUCAAGUAUCAAGUUACUGGAGUCAAAUUGAUAAUGAUAAUCUCUCGGCUGUAUUGUGGGAGAUAGCUCAGUUUAAGUUGGAGGCCAGCAGAGAGGAAGAUGCUGCUAAAUUGCUUCAAGUUUUGAAUAAGAAGCAACCGAAAAAUCUCAAAUAUCUCUCGCACCUUAUCCGAGCUUAUUCUCGCUUCGAUACAAAAAGAGCCGAAGAACUUAGCCGGUCUCUGCCCCAGUUGUCAUCGUUAUCGUCUGAUGAUGCAGAUAAAUUGGAACAGAUGCCAACAUUCCAGCACAGCAGGAGGGCAAGGAUUACCACAGCAGCUCCGAAUAAGGAAAUCAGCGUAAAGGAUAAGAAAAAGAAGAAAAAGCGAAAGAAGGUUCUGCCCAAGAAUGUCGAUUUGACUAAACCGAUUGAUCCAGAGCGAUGGCUACCUUUAAGGGAGAGGUCUUAUUAUCGUAAAUCAAAGAAGAAAGGUCAAGCGUCUUCUGUUGGUCGGGGCACUCAAGGUAUGUCUGCUUCAAUGGCUGCUACUGCAGCUAAACUUGAUGCAAGCAAGACCAAAGAUGAAGGAGCUAAAGCUACUGCUUCUCGCCCGGCAAAGCCACCUCAACCACAGAAGAAGCAAAACAAAAAGAAGAAAGGAAGACGUUAAUAAAGUUUGAGUUUAUUAUUAUUAGCAAUCUUCUUUUUGUAGUUUUAAAAGAUCUAAAUUCAUUGAUUGAUAAUCAUUUAAAUUAAAAAUAA